GCGAGUGGACCAGCAAUAAAGUAAAGAAAAGAAAAGUCUAACUUUUUGGUCCCUGAUCGCUUCCAUCCGAUCACCAAAAAGAUGCUGCCCACCACAGGCUACAAGGCCCUGCUCCAGGGCAUCUCGGCCCUUUCCCUCCUAGCCCUGAGCGCAUCCCAGGCCUCGGACGCAGCGACCUACGACUACGUGGUGGUCGGCAGCGGACCGGGCGGCGGCGUGGUGGCGACGAACCUCGCCAAGGCGGGCUACUCGGUGUUCCUGCUCGAGGCGGGCGACGCCAGCGCGGCGGGCGGAUUCGGGACCUACUCGCCGACCGUCACGUGGGACUUUUUCGUCCGCCACUACCCCGAGGGCGACCCGCGCAACGAACAGUACAGCCACCUGACCUGGAAGACGCCCGAGGGCAAGUACUGGGUCGGGCAGACCGGGGCGCCGGCGGGCUCGGAGCUGCUGGGCGUGUACUACCCGCGCGGGGCGACGCUGGGCGGCAGCAGCAUGAUCAACGCCAUGGCCGCGUGGCUGCCCAGCGAUGGGGACUGGGACUACCACGCCAACGUCACGGGAGACGACACUUGGAGGGCCGACAACAUGCGCAAGGUGUUUGAGAGGAUGGAAAAAAACAACUACCUGACCCGCGGCGCACCGGGCCACGGCUUCGACGGCUACUUCCAGACGCAGAUGGGCACCAGGCAGCAGGCGCGCCUCGGGCCGCUGGCGGGCAACCGGGUCAUGGAGGUGUACGCGCAGGACCUCGGCCUGACGCAGAACAUGACGGAGCUGCUGACGCGCGACCCCAACGAGCCCGCCGCCGACCGCGACCAGACCCAGAGCAUCUACGGGCUGGUCAGCCACCAGUACGCCAACGGCACCAGGUACAGCUCGCGCGACUACAUCCAGGAGGAGGCGCGCCGGCCCGGCUCCAACCUGACCGUGUCCGUCAACUCGCUCGCCACCAGGGUGCUGUUCGACACUGCGGGGGGCUGCGGCGGCAACAACAACAACAACAACAACAAGCCGCGCGCCGUGGGCGUCGAGUACCUCGAGGGCGCGUCCGUGUACCGGGCCGACUUUCGCCACAGCGGCAGCAGCGCCGGCACCAAAAAGACCGUCAUGGCCAGGCGCGAGGUCAUCGUGUCCGGCGGCGCCUUCAACUCGCCGCAGAUCCUCAUGCUCAGCGGCGUCGGGCCCCGCGCGCACCUCGAGUCGUUCAACAUCAGCGUCGUGGCCGACGUGCCCGGCGUGGGGCAGAACCUCAUGGACAACCAGGAGAUGCCGAUCGUGGGCUCGGGCAGCGCGGGCACGGGCACGGCGGGCGUGGCCAUGGUCAAGUCCAAGCACCCGGCCCACGGCGAGCGGGGACAUGUUCCUGAUGGGCGGGUCCGGAACAGGGUCGGGGACCUGCCGCCGGAGCCCAGCAACGUCUACGGCGUCAGCAUGGUCAAGGGGAGCUCGGUCAACGACAAAGGCUGGGUGAAGCUGCGCAGCGCGGACCCUCGGGACCCGCCCGAGAUCAAUUUCAACCACUACGCCGAGGGGUCGGGGCCGGACCUCGAGGCCAUGAAGGACACCAUUGCGUGGAUCCGGACCGUCUACAAACGCAUCGGCAUCACCACCAUCGAGCCGCCGUGUCCCGCCGGCGCCGACGAGGAUGGAUACUGCGGCGAGAGCGACGAGGCGUGGCUCCACAAGCAGACCUUUGGCCACCACCCGACCAGCACCAACAGGAUCGGAGCCGACGACGACCCUUUGGCGGUGCUGGAUUCCAAGUUUCGGGUGCGGGGGGUUGCCGGCUUGAGAGUGAUCGACGCCAGUGCCUUUGCUCGGAUUCCCGGCGUGUUCCCUGUGGUGUCUACGUUCAUAAUCAGCGAGAAGGCGUCGGGCGAGAUGGUCGAGGAGCUUGAAGCUGGAAUUGCCAUUGAGGAGUGCACCAUGCUCCUCGACGUUGACCAAGUCCUUGCGCAGACUCGACUCGACUACUGCAGGGCCGACACACAGUGCAUAAAUGACGGCUAUCAGUACCACGCGGUGGCCAAAGCCAAUUUUGUCUGGUCGAUAGCGACGACUGCCCCUAACCAGCGGGUAGAUCUCGGCGACGACGCGGCGGCUGGUAGCUCCGAUUCGGGAUUGAGCACCCAGCGAAGAGCCGAGCAGCAGCGCCAGCAGUGA